GUAGACCGGACUGACCUCCAACUCACAGAAAUCCGCCUGUGCGUGCUGGGAUUAAAGGAGUUCACCGCCACUGCCCGACUCAAAGGUAGCACGAAUUUAUCCCAGUAAAUCUGCAAAGAGCGCGACUAGAAUGGGGAGGUAGGAAGCUCUAGCUGGGGGUGGGGUAGGGGAGUAAACAAGGCUCCAGGACUCAGCCUAGAAAGAGGUGUGGGCUACAGUCUUUGUUGUAACCUCAGAUGUCGGCGAGAAAAAGAGAAGGUCCCUGAUUGGUGUCCCAUUCAGGCUGAGGCAGUGCCCUCCCGUGCAUUUUCCACUGUCCUGGCCACAUUAGACAGGAACAUCUUGUCUACCUGUGAAGAUACUACUAUGAGCGUCCAAAAGAUAAGCACAGUUUCUUACUUUGUUGUCUUUCCAGGGGUUUGGCAAAUUAUCGGUACUCGGUUAAUUUUUUGGGGGGGAAUAUAUAAUUUAAUGAAUGAGGCAGUUUGGGUGAAUUAAAGAGCAGAGGGGCGGGGCAGGAAUCCAACCGUCGUGCUAUUCGCUCCAGAGUUUAGCACAUUUCCUGUCUAAAUCAGUUCACCGCGUUAUGCAGAAACUAGAGGGUCAAAUCCUGAAAGUCUAGAGGCUAUCUACCAGAAUACGCCUUCUCCUUGGUGUUGCUGACCAGAAUGGAAGAUCCAGUUUCCGCGAAAGGACAAAGAAACCCAGAAUUCGCCUGCGCCUAAACUUAUUCCUUGCCACUGCAGAAGUAUAGUCUCCCCCAACCCCAACCCAAGGCAGAGGUGCUCCCGGCCUAAUCAGGUUCGCAGCACCGGGUAUCCCCUGCGGGACACCAGAGUUGCACAGUCCCCUGCCUCGCCUCUGAGAACAAUACCCUUGUGCUAAUCCCUAGACUCCUAGGGGCAAGCGAGACGGGAAAGGAAGCUGGAAAAGUGUAAUCCACAUCUCUGUUCCCCGACAGCCUGCGCGGCUUUCCCAGCCCUUAGCUCCCUCUUUGCCACUCGGCGUUCGGCAAACUUCGGAGUUGUCCUGCACUUGCGUCACGGAAAAGGCAGGCGGGUGAUCGAGUCCAGGAGAAGCCCCGCGGCGGCUGGCGAGCUCCCCCGCGCGGUGCUCCAACCCGGGCGAGAGGUGGCUCUCGACACCGGCUACUCCGCUGCUGAAAGCUUGCUUGCAGCUCCCGACUCCCGAGUCCACUUCCCAGAUCCCCGCCACCCGGACAGAACUCGAGGGAGGGAGGGCGCCCGUCAGAAGGAAAGAGGACGGAAAGCCGGCGGUGGCAUCCUGGCCUCGGAGGGCGGAGCCGCGCGAUCCCUGCUCCGCCAGGACGCGCGGAAGUGCUGUGGAGUUUGCUCAAUUCCCUAGCCUGCUUUCCCUCCCUCUUACCUCCCUCCCGCUCUCCCCACCCUUCACCUCCCCUUACUGCUUUCCCCUCCUUCCUCGGGACGCCACCUCCUGGACUCUUUUUCCUUUUUGUCUUUUUUUAAUUUUUGUUUUGUUUUGGACCUGACUUCCCGCAGGCAGCGCUGAGGGGCUGCAAGUGCGGGGUGAGAAGGUGGCAGAAGGCUGCGGCUCAGCUUAUCCUUCUCGGGCGGCAUCAACAAGGCGUCGCAGAGAACGAACUGCUGGACGGACGAACAAACAGCCGGCCGCGCCAUCUAUUCGAUGGAACUUCAUCUACCAACUACUGUUGAGUGUUUGCUGGCACGACAGUGGUGAGGGUGGUGAUGGUGGAGGAUUCCAUUAGUGUUACUUCUGGACAGGGGAUUUGGGACUCCGAUUGGGGUCAGUUUAGUACUCCGAAACUGCUGAGGAAUUAGGCAAACAAGAGAGAGAGAGAGAGAGAGAGAGAGAGAGAGAGAGAGAGAGAGAGAGAGAGAGAGAGAGAGAGAGAGAGAGAGAGAGAGAGAGAGAGNGAGAGAGAGAGAGAGAGAGAGAGAGAGAGAGAGAGAGAGAGAGAGAGAGAGAGAGAGAGAGAGAGAUCCUCUGAGCGGAUCGUCGCGCCCUUGUUCUCUGGGGGCAGGGGCUAGCCACUUGCAGGGCGGGAGGAGGGCACCAGAGCAGGCGAGGCGGGGUCGCGCCCCCUAGGUCGUGUAGUUAUCCGCCGGUUGUGCAAGCUUUGGCCCUUGUUUUCCCGGCCUGGCUCGUUUGGAGGCUGGACACAUCCACCCUUGGAAUUGGUUCAGGACUCUGCUGUUAUUCUUCUUGCCCCUCUUGGAUUUUCUGGAUUCUUGAAGACGCGGUGGCGGGGGGAAAGAGGAAGGAGGAAGGAACUGAUCUUCAGAGGAAUGUGAGAGCCUCCCAAAGCCGGAGCAGCCAGAAGGAGCUGGGAGCCGGGGAGACAGACCCUGCUUGCGUCCUGGGACCGUGGUCUGAGGCUGAUUUUGUUGUUGUCGUUGUACAACAUUGUUCUAGUGCAAAGUGUCUGCCGCAUUCUUAUUCUAGCAGAGCUAGUUUCUCCAGGCCAUUUGACUUUUCUACUUGGUGUGAGAGGAGGGAGAGACCCCCCCUCCCCAUCUCAGGGGCUGCUAGGGGAGAGAUAAAAGGCUGUGGCCAUGUCUAACACCUCCCUGCUUACAGGUAGAUAACGCCAGGGCUGGAUAAGGUGGUUUCUGGACCAUGGACAUUUCUUUGAAGAGAAGGCAGCUAGACAGCAUCUUGUGCAUGCUGAGACCCUGCCUGAGGGUCUGAGUAAGGUGUACUAGACUUUGAGCUGCAAGUACACUUUUGGACACCCCGCUGACCAUCUUGGGUCUGGGCAAGGCAUUUCCCUUCCAAUCUUGACUUUGUCCGGUAGCCUAGCCAUGGCACUGAAAGGCCGAGCCCUCUAUGAUUUCCACAGUGAGAACAAGGAGGAAAUCAGCAUCCAGCAGGAUGAAGACCUGGUUAUCUUCAGUGAGACCUCACUGGAUGGCUGGCUGCAGGGGCAGAACAGCCGUGGGGAGACAGGGCUCUUCCCUGCUUCUUACGUCGAGAUCGUCCGUCCUGGCAUCAGCACCAACCAUGUGGACUAUGCCAACAGCUCUGCAGUCUCCCUGGACACCGAAGUGAGUUUGCAUACUAACCCUAGUAUGACCAACACAGUCAAGAGUGGGGGCAGUGAUGUCCUCCCAAAUCAACAAGGAAACUUUGAAGAGGAUGAUGAUGAUGACUGGGAUGACUGGGAUGAUGGAUGCACAGUGGUAGACGAGCCAAGGGCUGGUGGUCUAGGUACCAAUGGGCACCCUCCACUUAACCUUUCCUAUCCAGGUGCCUACCCCAGCCAGCAUAUGGCUUUCCGACCGAAGACACCCUUGGAAAGACAGGACAGUCUGGCAUCUUCCAAGCGGGGCAGCGUGGUGGGACGUAACCUCAAUCGUUUCUCGUGUUUUGUGCGCUCUGGAGUAGAGGCUUUUAUUCUUGGUGAUGUGCCCAUGAUGGCCAAGAUUGCUGAGACGUACUCCAUUGUGAUGGGCCCUCGUGGCCCUCAGUGGAAGGCCAACCCCCACCCAUUUGCCUGCUCCGUAGAGGAGCCCACGAAACAGACCAAGUUCAAAGGCAUCAAAACUUACAUCUCCUAUAAGCUCACACCCACCCAUGCUGGCUCGCCUGUUUACCGGCGCUACAAACACUUCGACUGGCUCUACAACCGCCUUCUCCACAAGUUCACUGUAAUCUCUGUGCCCCACCUGCCCGAGAAGCAGGCCACUGGGCGCUUUGAGGAGGACUUCAUUGAGAAGCGCAAGCGGAGACUCAUCCUCUGGAUGGACCACAUGACUAGCCACCCUGUGCUCUCUCAGUAUGAGGGCUUCCAGCAUUUCCUCAGCUGUCUAGAUGACAAGCAGUGGAAGAUGGGUAAACGUCGGGCAGAGAGGGAUGAGAUGGUGGGGGCCAGCUUUCUGCUCACCUUCCAGAUCCCCACAGAGCACCAGGAUCUGCAGGACGUAGAGGACCGGGUGGAUACAUUCAAGACUUUCAGUAGGAAGAUGGACGAAUGUGUCCUACAACUUAGCACCGUGGCGUCGGAGAUGGUGCGGAAGCACGUGGGAGGCUUCCGCAAGGAAUUCCAGAAGCUAGGAAAUGCCUUCCAGGCCAUUAGCCUUGCCUUCCAGAUGGAUCCUCCCUUUAGCUCCGAGGCCCUCAACAAUGCCAUUUCUCAUACCGGCCGGACCUAUGAAACUGUUGGUGAGAUGUUUGCUGAACAGCCCAAGAAUGACCUCUUCCAAAUGCUUGACACACUGUCUCUCUACCAGGGCCUGCUCUCCAACUUUCCUGACAUUAUCCAUCUGCAAAAAGGUGCCUUUGCCAAGGUGAAGGAAAGCCAGCGCAUGAGUGAUGAGGGCCGCAUGGCUCAGGAAGAGGCAGAUGGCAUCCGCAGGCGCUGCCGUGUGGUAGGCUUCGCCCUGCAGGCCGAGAUGAACCACUUCCACCAGCGCCGUGAGCUUGACUUCAAGCAUAUGAUGCAAAGCUACCUGCGCCAGCAGAUCCUUUUCUACCAGCGGGUGGGCCAGCAGCUGGAGAAGACGCUGCGCAUGUAUGACUAUCUCUGACACUUCUGGCCACAUAUGUAGGUCCUCUUCCCACCAGGACCUGGCCGCUGCGGUCCACCCCACUCCAGGCUUCCCUGCCCCUAGCAGUGGGUGUUGAGGAGUGGGUGAGGAGUGGCCUGUUAGAAGAGAAGGGACUUUUGAGAAGUCCUGGUACCCCUGGAGAAGUCUUCCCUCACUUUAAGAUGGGUAACUGGAGGUGGGAGUCCUCUGAGCCAAAGUCUGGGCUGCUGGUCAGUCCCUGGAGAGCAGACUUCUCUGGAGCCUAUAGUGCAUGCUCACCUGGCCACCACACCCUGUUCAUUCCCUGGGCUCCACAAACUGCUGUGGCCAUGGCUGAGAUAUUGGUGACCAAGGCUGGAACAUGCCUGUCCUGGAGGAGCCCCUUUUCAGGAUGGAUAUCAGUCAGUGCAGUGUGACAAUACCACUUAAGGAUUCAUGGAAACUCCUUGAAGGGACCACAGAACUCUGCUGGUCAGGGGACAUUCCAUGGAGUAGGUAACAUACCAGAAAUCUCUUGAAGAAUUACAAGGACCUAUAAGACAGUAAAUGGGGUGAAGGACAUUUUGGGGAGAGGACCGGUGUUGAGUCUCCUCUUCCUUACCUUUCCUAUGGGUUGUGAUCUGCAUGACGAGGGAUCAUCCUUGCUCCUUGGUCCCUGGCUUUCCCUGCCCCACCCAUGCUUCUGCAGGAGGGACUGCAGGCCAACUCCCUCUUAUAAGUCUUAACCAGGUCUCCCAUCCUGGUUGGGGUACCCCCCUCACUGACUAGGGCACUGUGCAGCAACUUUCCCUUCUGUGGGCUCAAGAUGCUCAAGCCACAGAGCACUGAGCCCUGGUGGUGCCUUCCUGGAGGGAACUCUCGAAAGUUACUAGCAGUAAUUCCCUAUUCUCCUAGCAGGUCCCAGUCCCCAGUUCCCAGGGGCCUUUGCUUCUGUGGGCUGGUCUUCUUAAAUCCUUCUCAUUGCACAGUGGAAAAUCUGAGAGAAAAAAUCUGGGGACUUUAGACCCCCUGCUCCUGGGCAGGCUCACCUAUGUUUACAUCCUCCAGGAGAUACUGCCCCUUUCCCCUUAGGCCAGGAUGUGACCCAGCAGCAUGCUGUUGGGAAGUGACCCUGUGCCCCCUUGCCUUCCUGGGAAGUCAUGUUCUGCUCCUGGGUCCUGCUGCUUGACUCUCUUUUCUUGAUAAACGUUUUACAGUUACUGUAACGGAAGUACAGCCUUUCUUUCUGAGUCCUGGAAACAGUGAGGGUUGCAGGGAGAACAGAACCCAAAAUGCCCCCACUGGACUGGAUUCAGUGAUCUUGAUGGGUCUAAAAAUUAAUUCAUAACUUCAAAACAAAGGAGCAAGGCUAUGAUGGUCAGAGGCAGUAGAAGGCCCUAUAUCCCCAGCUGGCUACAUGGCUUCCUCAGACCUGGGCCUCUUUGUUGUUUGCCUGUGCCUCAGGGUGUGUGUGUGUGUAUGUGUAUUUGCCUAUGCCUCGGUGUGUGUGUAUUUGGGGGGAGGUGCUCAUGGUGGUCAGAGAUCAACACUGGGUGUCUCCAGUUGCUUUCUACCUUACUUUUGAGCUUCUCAUGGGUCUGAAACCUACUAACUGGGCUAGGCUGGCUGGCCAGUGGACUCUAGGGUUCCUCCUGUCUUUGCCUCCCCAGUGCUGGGAUUACAGGCAAACGGCGUGUGUGUAGUCUUGGCUGGCCUGGAAGGCACAGAGAUUCACUUACCUCUGCCUUCCAGUGCUGUGAUUAAAGACAUGUGCGGUCA